AUGGUAUUUGAUGCUAUGGUGGAAGAAGAUAAAGAGCUGGCGAGCCUGGUGCGGAAGCAGAAACGUGGGAAAUGGUCGGAUGAAGAGAAGGAGCACCUAAUCGAACUCACCAAUAACCGCCGAAGAAUUGACAUCGAAUCCAUCGCACGCCAAAUCGGUCGAGGACCAGGAGCCGUUAGAUACCAGUUACGGUUGAUGGCAAAGGAAAAGAGUGCGGAACUGGGAAACGACGCCGUUUCUUUCUCGGCAGCGCUUUUGAACAAAGGUCUCGGAAAGGAAGAGCAAUCCAUCCUCGAGGCACGAAUGUGCCAAAUCAUCGACCGACUGCUGGAGGAGGGCGACGUUACAACCCAAUAG